GCUACGAUCAGUUCCUGCGAGAAGGGCGCACAGUGGCCUCUGGCUGUCUUUCUUCUCGACACCAUGCCGACUGUGAAGCUACGCCCCAACAUCAUCAGCUACAGUGCUAGCAUCAGUGCCUGCGAAAAGGGGGAGCAAUGGCAAUUGGCACUGCACCUCUUUAGCUCCAUCCCGAAAGCCAAGCUUUCACCGACCGAAAUUAGCUACAACGCUACCAUCAGCUCCUGCGA